ACAAUAGUACCUAAAAAAAAUGCCAAGAGAUAGAGAUCCACUGGUAGUUGGGAGAAUAGUAGGGGAUGUUCUAGACCCCUUCACAAGGUCUCUCUCUCUGAGGGUGACUUACAACAACACCAGAGAAGUGAACAAUGGCUGUGAACUCAAACCCUCUCAUGUUUCCAACCAACCCAGGGUUGAUAUUGGCGGAGAUGAUCUCAGGACCUUCUACACUCUGGUUAUGGUGGAUCCUGAUGCUCCCAGCCCAAGUGAACCUAACCUUAGAGAAUACUUGCAUUGGUUGGUGGCUGAUAUUCCAGCAAGUACAGGAGCAGGUUUCGGCCAAGAGGUUGUGUGCUACGAGAGCCCGCGACCGAGGGUGGGAAUUCAUCGGUUCGUUUUCAUAUUGUUUCGUCAAUUGGGAAGGCAAACUGUUUAUGCACCCGGAUGGCGCCAGAAUUUCAAUACUAGAGACUUCGCUGAGCUUUAUAAUCUUGGAUUGCCGGUGGCCGCUGUUUAUUUCAACUGUCAAAGGGAGAGCGGAUCCGGUGGAAGAAGGCGUUAAAUGCAUGCCAUCUAUUGGCUAUUGCCAGCUACCAUGUCUCAUCAUCAUCAAUGACGAUUGUGACAAUUAAAAAAAUAACUGAAGAAGAUCAAUCGAGUCUAAUAUUACUUAAUUAAGCUGUUGAUGUUAGUUUGUAUUUGUCAUGCUAAUAUUACUACAUUAUUAAUUAAGUACGUCUUGAGGCACGUACCCACCCCCUUAAUUAGUGUUUCUGAUUAA